AUGUCAGAGAACAACAACAACAACAUGAAUAAUAACAAUAACAACGCCACUGAUACUUUCAGCGCGGUACAGCAACAGAACCAUAUUGGUAAUAAGGAGCUUCCUAUUCCUCAUUCUCCAGUAUCAGAGCCUUUAGAGAACCCUCCUAAUGUGGAUAAUCUCGAAAACGCUAUCGAAAAUCCGUUGAAAAGAUCCUAUGACGAUGUCUCUUCUGAGGACAAACUGCAAGUAAAUGAUAAGACUUUAAGUCAAAGUACUGUCACCGUAGAACGAAAUAGUCAACAAGAAAACGAAAAUGACAAUGCAAAUAGUAAAAAAGUCAAACUAGAAGACACAGUAACUGAUCGUACUGAAGCCGCUGUUGAGAAUAAUGCAACCACACCAGUGGCAAAUACAGAUACUACAGCAGUAACAUCAGACGCAAUGACAACUGCAAAUACAGACACAAUUACAACGGUACCUGCUGCAGAAUUUCCAAAAGUGCCUGCUCCAGCUCCACCACAAGAACCAGACAUGAAUAAUCUACCGGAAAAUCCAAUCCCCAAACAUCAACAAAAGCAUGCUCUAAUGGCCAUUAAAGCAGUGAAAAGAUUAAAAGAUGCAAGACCAUUCUUAAAACCAGUAGAUAUUGUAGCUUUAAAUAUUCCAUUCUAUUAUAACUAUGUUCCAAGACCUAUGGACUUAUCGACAAUAGAGAAGAAAUUAAAUGUAAAUGCAUAUUCAGAACCAGAACAAAUAACAGACGAUUUCAACCUGAUGGUCAAUAAUAGUAUAAAAUUCAAUGGUCCAACCGCUGUAAUUUCUCAAAUGGCAAGGAAUAUUCAAGCAGCUUUUGAAAAACAUAUGUUAAACAUGGCAGCUAAAGAUGNNUUUACCCCCACCACCAAACCAAAAGGUCGUGGUAAUGCAAACAGUAAGAAAGCAGCUACAAUAGAUCAAGAUGCUCCUAUUGUCAUUAGACGUGCACAAACACAUAGUGGUAGACCGAAACGUGAGAUUCAUCCACCAAAAUCAAAAGACAUUUAUCCAUAUGAAAAUAAAAAACCAAAAUCGAAAAAAUUACAACAAGCAAUGAAAUUUUGUCAAUCUAUUUUAAAGGAAUUAACUAAUAAAAAACAUGCUUCUUUCAAUUAUCCAUUUCUAGAACCUGUAGAUCCCGUUGCAUUGAAUUUACCAACUUAUUAUGAUUACGUAAAAGAACCAAUGGAUUUAGGAACUAUAUCAAAGAAACUAAAUAAUUGGGAAUAUGAAACAAUGGAUCAGUUUGGUGAUGACGUAAGGUUAGUUUUCAAAAAUUGUUAUGCUUUCAAUCCAGAUGGUACUAUUGUUAAUAUGAUGGGUCAUCGUCUAGAGGAAGUUUUUAAUAAUAAAUGGGCUGAUAGACCAACCAUUGAUAAUUAUGAAGAUACUGAUGAUGAAUCUAAAUAUGAUAAUGGUGAUAUGUCAUCUGAUGAGGCUGAAUCUGACAUGGAGGAAUCUGAAAUUGAUGAAACGUCUAUUACAAACCCUGCUAUUCAAUACUUAGAGGAACAGCUAGCUAGAAUGAAAGUGGAAUUACAAGUAUUGAAAAAUCAAGAAUUAGAAAGAAUUAGAAAAGAAAGAAGAAUUGCUCGUGGUGCCAAGAAGCGUCGUGCUAAGAAAUCCAAAAAGAGAAGUGGGAAAAAAUCAAAAGGAACAAAUAGCAGUGGUAAGAAUAAAUUAAAGACUGUGGUCACAUAUGAUAUGAAGAAAUUGAUCACUGAAAGAAUAAAUGAUUUACCACAAGCUAAGCUAGAAAGAGUCAUUGAAAUUAUAAGGAAAUCUAUGCCUAAUUUAUCGGAUGAUGAUGAAGUGGAAUUAGACUUGGAUACCUUGGACAAUACAACAAUCCUUACAUUGUAUAAUACAUUCUUCAGGGAAUAUGACACUGAUUCAAGAAGUAAUAGUACAAAUAAUAAUCAUUUUUCUCCAGGUGAAGAAGGUUUGUCACCAACUGGUUCAGCUACCAAUGGUGGUGGCAAGAAAAGGAGGUCGAAAGCUUUGAGUCAAACUGAACAAACCAAAAAGAUAGAAAAAAUUAAAAAUAAAUUGGCUAUGCUUGAUGGGGCUUCACCAUCAAGCCAAAAUGGCUCACCAACUAAUUUGGGUUAUAAUAGAAACUUAGGCUCUUAUUCAUCCUCUUCAUCCGGAGACGAUGUCAGUAGUGAAAGUGAAGAAGAGUAA